AGAGAAAGGGAGACACCAUGACCUCCCUGGGCAGCCUGUUCAGUGCUCUGCCACUCUCAAUGCAAACAUCUUCCUCAAGCUGAAUUGGAACUUCUUGUGGUUAUAGUUUAUGGCCACUACUCCUCAUCCUGUCUCUGGGCACCAUCAAAAAGGAUUUGGCAGCAUCCUCUGGCACCUGCCUUUGAGGUAGUUAUAUGCACUGAUGAGACCCCCUCCCAGAUUUCCCUCUGCAGACUAAACAGGCCUAGCUCCUGCAGUCUCUCCUCAAGAGGUGCUCCAGACCUCUCAUCAUCCUUGUGGCCUCCACUGAACCCUCUCCAGUAACUUGUCUUUCUUGUAGUGAGGAGCCCAGCAUAUCACAUAUGGGGUCUGUCCUACAAAUUGAAAAUAUUUUUUUCUGGAAAUUAAAUAGUGUUCUUUAAAAAAGAAACAACAAAUUCUACUUUGACCAUUUUGGAAUUAAAAGCAUUGCUUAUCUACUUUGAUUUUAAUACUACAGUGCUCGUGUAAGUAAAUAAAUAAAUUUUAAUAUUAACAGGAAUUAAAUAAGAAAGGCACUUUCAUCAAGCAAAAAUAAUUUUGCAAGAAAAAGUUAUUCUGAAAAUGUCAGUUGGAUGUGGGAGGGGUUGUUCUAGGAAUAUUGAAAAAAAUGGUUCUACUUUCUCUGAAAUGAGAAAUGCAAUGCCUUUAUUUAAGAACAAGUUUUCUAAAACAAAAACUAUAAAAUUGACUUUUAGUCUGCAUUUUAUUUUAAUUAAAAGGUCUCUGUUUCUAUUUUGUUUUGUUUUAUUUUUUUCACAGCAAGACAAUAGUUUUCAGUAGAGUAUCUUAAAUGGUGAUAUGACACUUCAUUGCUUAUCAUGAAAUUAAUAGCCUGUGAGAUCACCAUUAAACUUCCUCCUUCUGCAUGACCUUGGCAUCUCAGUUUCAUAAGAAACAUAAAUCGUUAAUUUUCUGAAGUCCAAAGAAAGCUUUCAGCUUCCAUGAGUCUUGGCUGCUUGAAGCCCCUUUCAUGAGGCUACUCUCCUGCUCUUGUCUGCCCAACCAGAGGAUCAGACUUUGCUGCUGCAGAAUGUGCUUUCCACAUGGAGGCUGGGCAAGAGUGUUGUCCUAAAACAAGUCUUGAAAGUGUAUCUAAUACCUCCUGGGAUCUCAAAGGUAUUCUUGAAAACAUACAUGAAAACUCUUCAGUAGAUACUGGCUACAUGCUAUUCUGAAAAAUACAACACACAAGAGAAUCCCAUGUGGAGUGAGUGCUUCAUAACCAAUAACUUCUUAACUGGUCCAGCUUAAGCUGAACAUAAAGUGAAAGAGCACUGGAAUGAUAAUUUUCUCAUCUGUGUGCCUGAGGAUAGUGAUUGCCUAGAGAUAGGACUGUUUGGAUUCUCGCAUCUUUCUGUGCAAAAGUGCCUCUUAAAAAUCAGUUUAAGCUUCUUUUUAAUUGUAACUUUAAAUGUAAAGUUGGUUAUCACAAUUGAAUAUGUUUUUCAAACACUCUUUCUUUCCAAGAUUUACCUGAAUCAUUUUCAGAGUUAUAAAAAUGGGGAAAAGGUAAUACAGAAACCAGUAAAUGUUAGUGAUUUGGAAGAGUAAACACAAAGCAAAAGAAAUUCUUUCCACUCCUGGAACAAAACAAAUUUUACACAUCAAAGAAAUAAACCCCAAUGGAUACCAAAAAUAAAAUGACCAAUAUGGAGUUGAAUGUUUGGCUGAGGAAUUAUCUGUUGUCAGAGUGGAGGCAGAUCAGGGACUGAGAUUUCACAAACUCUGGGAAGAUUUACAGGCUCUGGCUGCUUGACUGAAGAACCUCUUAGAUAACACUGAAGGGUUGCCAGGGUCCUGAGGUCCACCACAGUCACCAAGGCAAAGCCUUUCUGGUGUGCAUAUUUAACAGAAACACUCCACGUAUGUAUGCAGUGCAUGCCAGCAGGAGGAACUAUUACCACUUAUGUUAAACAUGGUUUAUCUGUCUGUUACAAAAUCAAAUCCUGUUAAUUGCUUGAAAAUUCCCUGUGAAACAAAGCUCCACCCCCUUGCUUAGUAACCAUAACAGAGCAUGGAAAACCAAGUAAGAAUUACACGACAGGGCAUUGUUCUCAUGCUGAUGGGAGUAGGAGUUAAGAGCAAAUGAAAAGGCAUGAAAAGCUACAGCAGGAAACAGUCAACAUACUUCUGAGUAAAACAUUAAACUGUCCUCACUACUUGCAAGGAAUCAUGCUACAUUUCUUGGUCUCUUUACCAUGCACUGCCACCAAUGAUCUACUACUUCCCUCUUCAGACGCUGGCACUCACAGGCCUAGAAGUUUUUGCUGUUGCCUUCUUUUCCCCAAUAUUCUUGACAAUUGGCCCUUUUUGGAGGUUGGCUAACAAUGAGUAUGUCCUAGCCUUUCUGAGAUUGGCUAUGGUUGGAAGCUUAGCAUCAUACCAUGCACCAAAUGCUUCAAUUAGACUGCUCAUCUUGGCUGCUGGUGUUUCUUCUUCGUUGCUGGUUCAAACAGUAACAUGGUGGUCAGGAAACAGUUUACAAAGGUUCCUCAGAAUAUGGGGCUUCAUGCUAGGCAAGAUAAUGCUCCUUGUUCUUCGUAUCUGGUACACAUCACUUAAUCCAGUCUGGAGCUCCCAAGUUGCCAAUACUGUCAUACUGACAAUUGGUUUUGUAGCAGCAGUGGAGCGAAUCCAUUCAGGUGGAGACAAGAGGAAACAAGAAACAAACAAAACUGGUAAUGUGAUUAGAGAGGCUGCUUCCCAUCCUCACUGGUUUUUAUCAGGGAUUGCUUUUGGCAGCCUCAUGUUCCUCACUGUGUGGAUAUUUGGGGAGGUUUCCUUAAUUUCCAGAUGGGCAGUAAGUGGACAUCCACAUACAGGUCCAGAUCCUAAUCCAUAUGGAGGUACAGUUCUGUUGGGCCUUGCUCAUGGACUGAUGCUUUCAUUUUGGAGUUGGUCUUCUAUCAUCAGUUUUGCCUUGUUUCUUAUAGGUUUGGCAUCUGCAGCUGGUCUCCUUUACUUGCAUACCUGGAGUGCUGCUGUUGCAGGCAACAUUCUUGGUAUCUUUACUAUGUGUGUGUGGCCUCCACUAGCUGCACGCUUUGUUAGCUGUCUGCAUCCUGGGAAAGCCAUGAGCACAGCCAUGUUUGCCUACGUUCUUGAGUUAUUCUUCUGUGUAUGGUGUACAGCUUAUAAAUUUGUACCUGGAGGAGUUUACAUUAGAGAAAGCUCCCAUCUUCUUCUAGGUUUUAUAAUGUUAUGUAUUGGGGUAGACUUUCUAACAGGACACAAGAAAGACCUUAGCUCUGUCUUUGAAGUGAAAAGCAAUCAAAAACCAUUCUUCAAAAAGAGUAAAAAUUAUAUUAAACUAUUGUUGUGGCUGCUUGUUGGUGUUGGUUUGCUUGGAUUGGGUUUACGUUAUAGAACUUACCAGAAGAAGUUGGGCCAAGGGGUUCCAAAAAAAGAUUUCUCUGCUAUGAUCUGGCCUUUUAGAUUUGGAUUUGACAAUGAAGGAUGGUCUAAUUUGGAAGGAUCAGCUAAUUUGCUUAAUCAGACAGAAGCAGAUUUUAUCACUAUUAUAGAGAGUGAUGCCUCUAAACCAUUCAUUGGAAACCAUGAUCCAACCAUGUGGCUUGGAGAAAGACUGGGAUUUUAUACAGAUUUUGGUCCAAGCACAAGAGAUCACACUUGGGGGAUUAUGGCACUAUCCAGGUAUCCAAUUGUAAAAUCAACUCAUCACCUCCUUCCAUCUCCAGAGGGAGAGAUUGCACCUGCCAUCUCCCUGACUGUCAACUUCACAGGGAAGCUGGUUGAUUUUGUUGUUGCUCACUUCGGAAAUGAAGAAGAGGACUUGGACAGAAAACUCCAAGCAAUAGCUGUUUCAAACCUGUUGAAGACUAGCUCUAAGCAAGUUGUGUUUCUAGGAUACAUAACUUCAGCUCCUGGAUCCAGAGACUAUACAGAAUUAAUAAAAAAUGGAAAUGUGCAGGAUAUUGACAGUACAGACCGGGACAGAUGGUGUAGCUAUAUUAUGUAUCGUGGAGUAAUAAGGCUGGGUUAUGCCCGCAUAUCUCAUGCUGGUUUAAGUGAUUCAGAAGUCCAGAUGGCCAAAUUUAGGAUCCCAGAUGACGUGGAUAGCUAUGUUGACAAUGACAGAAUUGUCACUGAUCCCAGCCAAGUUCCUGAGGACAUCCAUUUCAAUCCCAGGUUUGGAUCUUAUAAAGAUGGACAUAAUUAUGUGCCUAUUCAUCACUUUCAUAUGAGCACUCCUAAAUAUUUUAAACGGACAAAUUAGAGCAAGAAAAUAAAAUUAUUAUUGAGACCACCAAGAAAGGUAUAUCACUCAAAACUGAAUUGACAGCCAAAAAGACUACACUGUUUAAGGAUGAGCAACUGCCAUGCUGCACAACACUGUGAAUGUCUAUGUAAGAGUUGGUGCCUUUCCUCUUGAAUGAGCUGCCAUGGCUGUGAGGGAAGGAAGGUGCUUGCAUUUUGGUAAACUGGUAUCCACGCUGGCCAGAUACCUGCUUUGUAUGCAACAAAGCAAGGGUGGCAACUUGCUUUGGCAACAACUUCUUCAGCUUUUGUAGAGGUACUGUAUAUCAUGAUGUUUCAGAGUGCUAUUGCUGCUACUGCAAUAAAAAGAUUGACCUAGGGUUUUUAAAAA